GGAAACAGGCGGUCUGAUCUGAAUUACUUGGCUGUCGGUGCUCGUGGGACCUGUGGCCCUGUUGCCCUACCAUGGCAAUUCCUGAGACGGGCCCCAAUCACACUAUUUAUAUCAACAACUUCAAUGAGAAGAUCAAGAAAGAUGAGCUGAAGAAGUCCCUGUAUGCCAUCUUCUCCCAGUUUGGUCAGAUCCUGGAUAUUCUGGUGUCUCAGAGCCUGAAGAUGAGAGGGCAGGCUUUUGUCAUCUUCAAGGAAGUCAGCAGUGCCACCAAUGCCCUGCGCUCCACGCAAGGUUUCCCUUUCUACAAGCCAAUACGCAUUCAGUAUGCCAAGACUGACUCGGAUAUCAUUGCCAAGAUGAAGGAUACGUUUGUGGAGCGAGACCGCAAAUGGGAGAAGAGGAAGCCCAAGAGCCAGGAGACGCCAUCUGCCAAGAAGGCUGUGCAGGGUGGGGCUGCAGCCCCCGUGGUGGGAGCUGUCCAGGGCCCUGUCCCGGGCAUGCCGCUCAUGACUCAGGCUCCCCGCAUCAUGCAUCACAUGCCGGAUCAGCCACCCUACAUGCCACCUCCUGGCAUGAUCCCACCUCCGGGUCUCGCAGCCAGCCAGAUUCCUCCUGGGGCCAUGCUCCCACAGAAGCUUAUGCCAGGGCAGAUGCCACCUGCUCAGCCUCUCUUGGAGAAUCCAUCAAAUCACAUCCUGUUCCUGACCAACCUGCCAGAAGAGACCAACGAGCUCAUGCUGUCCAUGCUUUUCAACCAGUUCCCUGGCUUCAAGGAGGUCUGCCUGGUGCCCGGGCUGCAUGAUAUCGCCUUCAUGGAGUUCGACAACGAAGUGCAGGCCGGGGCCGCUCGAGAUGCCCUGCAGGGCUUUAAGAUCACCCAGAACAAUGCCAUGAAAAUCUCCUUUCCCAAGAAGUAG